UGUUAUCAACGUCAAAGCAAGCCUCUGGAACCGUCUCAACUGCACCGCCUAGGGAGAGCUUCUCCGAUCGAUCCUUCUGGAGACUCGUCGUCACCCUCAUAUUCCUGUUGCAUCCUCUGCUUCACUCCUCCAUUAAUUUUCCUAGUGUAACACGAAUAAUUAAGCAUACCUUGGAGCCCACGUUACACCUAAAAUCCCCAUGGCCAUGGCUAACCUCUUAUUGAAACCCUCGUCCAUGAUCAUUGCCCUAAAAUCCUCAAAACAGUCGUCUUCUCGAUCUAAAAGGUCUUUCUUAUACACUCCGCCAACCUCCUCUUUCACGCUUCCUCUGUCUUAUGGUGUCCAGUCGGGGAAUGCUGCAGAACCAAUUUCGGCACUCUUUAAGGAACAUAAGGGUUUUGGUGGCAACAUGAAUUGGAGUGAUUUUUCGGGAUCCAGUUUAUCGUCGUUUUGGGAUGAUAUUGCACAAAUUGAUGAGAAGCCAUCUGCAACAUCAGUGAAGUUCCAAUGUCAAUGGGCAAAAGAUGGCACUGUUGCAGAGACUGAAGAUGACAAGCGGACGGAAAAAAGAAAGAUUCAUAAAAGUAAGGGAAUUUUUGGAGGUAAAGUAGGCCCAAAGAUAUACACGAUUAUAGUUGGGGCUUCUUUUUGCGUGGUUCUAGGGAUUUUCUCGUUUGCUCAUCCAAAGCAUCAUGCAUCACGUCACAUGGUUGUUCCCUACUCGGAUCUAGUUGGUGGCAUUCGUGAUGGGAGUGUGGUACGAGUUCAAUUUGUUGAGAAUUCACGAAAGAUCUAUUACAACACCAAAUCCUCGGGUGAUCAAGAUGCUGAAACUCCACAAACUCAAUCAGGAUCAACAGGAUUAUUGAAAGCAUCUGUUCCGAAAUGGCAGUACCAUACAAGAAACGUGGGAGACGAUAAGCAUCAUCUCAUUAGGAUGAUGAAAGAUCAGGGGAUCACUUAUGGCUCAGACCCUGAGCUUUUCAGUGGAGCAAUGAAAAAUGUGCUGUUUGCGAUGCUACAACUGGCCCCCUACUGGAUAAUGGUGUUGCUUUCAUUUUAUCAGCUUAAUGGUCAACUUAGUCUUGGGAGAAUGACAAAGAGAAAACCGAGCAAGAAACAAUCUGUAACAUUUGAUGAUGUGGAGGGUGUUGAUGAUGCCAAAGCUGAACUUCUUGAGAUUGUGUUAUGUAUUAAAGGAGAUAGCAAAUACAUGAAACUUGGGGCAGUUUUACCGAGAGGGGUUCUGCUUGCUGGUCCUCCAGGAACAGGGAAAACGUUAUUAGCCCGUGCUGUGGCUGGUGAAGCUGGAGUAUCGUUUUUCUCCAUUUCGGCUAGUGAAUUGGUGGAGGUUUUUGUUGGUACGGGAGCUGCUCGUGUUAGAGACCUUUUCCGAGAGGCAAGAAAAAGUUCACCUUCCAUUAUUUUCAUUGAUGAGAUAGAUGCCGUCGGUGGGCAACGUGGAAGAACUUUGAAUUGUGAACGCGACCAAACUUUAAACCAGCUUUUGACGGAGAUGGAUGGGUUUGAGAAAGAAGGAAACGUGGUGGUUAUAGGUGCUACUAACCGGCCGGAGACACUGGACUCGGCUUUGAUGAGACCUGGCCGGUUCUCCAGGAAAGUAGUGGUGGGUGAACCAGAUGAGGAUGGGAGGCGGAAGAUUUUCGGUUUAUAUCUUCGAGAUGUGCCGAUGGAGGAAGAUAAAGAAGCGAUUUGCAAGCUUGUUGCGUCACGUACCCCAGGCUUAGUUGGGGCUGAUCUUGAAAACAUAGCUCAUGAAUCCGUACUACUUGCUGCUCGCAGAGACGGUGAUUAUGUGACGAAGGACGAUGUUCUCGAAGCUGUUGAGAGAGCUACGACGAAGGUCUAUAAUGAGGAUGGGAAUGAUAACGAAACUAAAGCAGCAGCAUAUUCGUAUGGAUCGAUGGCACAAGAACGAGUAGUGUUUGGGGGUGGAUCCAUGGGAUUUGGAUUUUCGAGCUAAUCGAGCAGUUGAAGAUGCAUUUUUCUUUAAACUAUAGAUGUUAUGGUAGUAGAAUUAGAGGAAGGAGGAGGAGAUAGAAGAUUUGUGAUAUGGUAGCGUAGCAGAAAAUGGGUAUUUGAUUUAUGGUGUUUCAAUGCAUGUAUGUAUCACCUCUGGCUUUUCCAUUCAUUUGUACCAACUACAAAGGCACCCAUUCGUUAGUCAUUUGAAACAUACGGUCUAAUUUGUUUUUCUUCC